UCCAGCGGCCCCGCCCAUCUAUAGGCAACUAUAUAAAGCUCCCGCACGACAGCUUAGUUACCAUCUAUCUCUAGUAUCUUCACAAUGAUCGCAAAGACUGCCAUCGCUGUGGCCCUUGUGGCUGUCGCUGUAGCUGCUCCCUCACAGCCAGCCUAUGGAUAUACCCCGGAACCCGCAUAUGAGGAACCUGCCAAGUACGACUAUAGCUAUGCCGUGAAGGACGACUACUCUGGCAACGACUUUGGUCAUCAGGAGGCCCGUGACGGUUACGACACUCAGGGUUCUUACUACGUCCUCCUUCCCGACGGUCGUCUACAGAAGGUCACCUACACUGUCAACGGCGACUCCGGUUACGUAGCUGAGGUCAGCUACGAGGGUGAGGCCCAAUACCUCGAGUACAAGCCCGCCCCCGCCUACAAGCCGACUCCAGCCUAUGCCUAAUAUUUAUUCUAUGCCCCCGAUCUUUUAUUUAUAUCAAUAAAGUGU